AGUAACCUUAGUAACUUGUAUUGAAGUAACAGCUACUAUAUAAGUAACACUGUAACGAAUCUUGAAUUCAGUUAGACACGUGCAAGAGAAAUAACUAGAUCUGUGAACCAAGUAAUCAAAUGUUCAAAAGAAUCUUGCAUAAAUAUGAAUAUAAUAAUUGUGCUUAUGAUCGUGAUGGAAUUAUGCGUGGCCUCACCACAAUAUUAUCUCCCCUCGGGAUUCGUAUAUCAACAUCCAGCAAAUCUACUGAAUUCGGCGAUAGAAAACACUUUACCAAACGAAUUGCGAAAUAACUUUUACAAAAAUCCACAAAUUGCUGCCAAACUCGCAAAAGAAUCAUGGAUUUUCAACAAAGAAAUGCAGGUAAUCGAUCGUGAAACAGAUAAAAUACCACGGGAAAAAGUAUAUAAUGUUCUUCACAAUGCAGGAUUUGUGCGAAAAUAA